AAAGAAGAAGAAAAUCUGAGGCCGUUGUUUCCUUCCCGCGAAGCUUCUCUCUCCUUCUACUAUCAAUCCAUAUCCGAUAGCAUCAGCUGCAAGUUUUGAGCUGAUUUUACUAAAAUGGCGACGUCAUCCUUUUCAUCACUGGGAUCAUUCUCACGGAUACCAAAUUCAUCAACUUUUACCAAGAUUUCUUCUUCUACUUCUUCAUCCACGUUGGGACAGCGGCAAAUUGUAUGUACAACAUUUAGGGAACCAAAUGUUGAUUUAUCCAGUUCCUCUGAUGGUAAUGAAUGUUCGGAUUGUAGAACUGUAGUCGAUCGAAGGGGAGUGUUGUUGUCAUCAGUGGGAUUUUUAGCAGCAACCAUUUGUAAUGCUGGGAAGGCAGCUGAAUUUGCUGACAUGCCUGCAUUGAGAGGAAAGGACUAUGGGAAGUCAAAAAUGCGGUAUCCUGACUAUAAUGAAACUCAAUCAGGUCUCCAGUAUAAGGAUUUGAGAGUUGGAAGUGGGCCCACACCAAAGAUUGGGGAGACAGUGGUGGUUGACUGGGAUGGUUACACGAUAGGUUAUUAUGGUCGCAUAUUUGAAGCUCGUAACAAGACAAAAGGUGGUUCUUUUGAGGGAGAUGAUAAGGACUUCUUCAAAUUCAGAGUAGGAUCCCAAGAGGUAAUACCGGCAUUCGAGGAAGCUAUUACUGGCAUGGCAAUUGGUGGUAUCAGAAGGAUCAUAGUUCCUCCGGAGCUGGGAUACCCUGAUAAUGACUACAACAAGAAAGGUCCAAGACCAACGACAUUUUCGGGACAAAGAGCUCUGGAUUUUGUGCUGAGGAACCAAGGAUUAAUUGAUAAGACUCUCCUGUUUGAUAUUGAGCUCCUCAAAAUCGUACCAAAAUGAAGUUGCUCGUUCAACUUUUACUACGACGCCCUGUUUAGCUGCAUCAGCAAGUUUAACUUCCACUUGGACAAAAGGAAUAUCAGCCUAAUGAACGACUGAUUCGCCCCUUAUAGAAAAUUUACUGUCUUGUUUGAACGCAUUAAAUUGUCGAUAGAUUCAUUUUGAAAAUCAAUGUAAACAAUGAUGGGUCUGGUACUGUUGAUGUAACGACAUCUCUUAUGUUCAUAAAUUUGACUAUUUAUUAUGAAAGUGAUAUUUCAGGACA